UUGGCUAAACUCAGAGGGAGAAAGAGAGUAGAAGUCCCGCCCAAAUUAGGGAUGACGACGACGAUGAUGGUUGAUCCGGUGAAACGAAUCUGCGAUGAACUUGGAGUGUGUACUGAAGAAGCAAUCUGUUACCUCGACGGAUUCCAGUGGAAUUUGGAUUCGGCGAUGGAGGCUUGCCGUAGCCAAACCUUGCCGGUCCCGUUACUCACGGUUCAAUCUUUGCCGGUGAACGAGAAAUCCGCGUCGAAGGCGUCGUCUACACCGCCGAUAAUGAUCGAUUCACUUCGGAGUUUGAAUCUUCCCGAUGAACAGUCGAGAAAUCAACUAAUCAGACGAUUUUGCGAAGCGGCUGCUGGAGCGGGUGUAGAAGACGCAUACGCUUACCUAUCGCGCAGCAAUUGGAAUAUAGAUCUAGCCGUCGGCUAUUUCUACGACGAGCGCCGUCCAACGCCUCCUCAGGGGAAACGUCGAAGAUAUAUUUCAACACCGCAGUUUAAACAACUCAGAAUCGGGAGCUCUUCUUCUGAUUCGAUGGAGAUUGACUCGACAGGAGGACAUGUCCCUGAAGCAAAGGAAAGAAGUAGUGGUUGGCCACCGGUGGAGACUUGGAUUGAUCGAGCCUGCAAUGAACCCAAAGUGUCUCGAGAAGAGGCACUCUUUUAUUUUGAGGGAUUCAAGUGGGAUUUUGGUACGGCUGUGGAGGCUUGCCGCAGCAAAACCUUGCCGGAGGUUUCAGUGAGCGAGGAAUCUGCUGAGGCUCCGUCGAAUUUGCCAGAGCAACCGUGAUGUGACCCCGGACUACGGACGUGGUUCACGGACGUACGGACGGAGGAUACAGCGGAGCGGACCGGAGAAGCGGUUCGGUUAGGGACGAGAAUGGACGCGAAUGGACGCGGAACAGCGGACGUACGGACGGAUGGUCGGACGCGGCGGAUAAAUGGACGUACGGACGAGUGAGCGGAUGGAACGCGGAUGGACUAGAGCGUCACAAGGAGAUACUCGACUCGUUCGGCUCUAGUUAGGAAACGGAUGGAAACGGAUGCUGCGUACGGACGUACGGACGGAUGGUCGGACGCGGCGGAUAAACGGACGUACGGACGCGUCGGAUGGACGAGUGAGCGGAUGGAGCGCGGAUGGG